AUGGCAGAUCUCAAUAAUGAGCAGGAGUUAACUCAAUUGGAAAAGGAUGCUUUAUAUUUGCAUCCCUCGGAGCAUGCAAGUAUGGUUUUAUCUUCGUCACCGCUAGAUGGCACGAACUUUCUGCCCUGGAGUCGGGCAGUGUAUGUUGCACUCGGAACCAAGAUGAAGCUUGGUUUUAUUGAUGGGUCACUUCCUAGACCCAUGAUUGGUACUACGAAUUUUGAACAAUGGAGGCGAGUGGAUUUGAUGGUCACCUCUUGGAUCUGGAACUCUAUUUCCAGAGAUCUUGUUGAAGGAUUUAUGUAUGUCUCAUCAUCCCGUGAAUUGUGGCUUGAAAUUCAAGCCAGAUAUGGGCGUAGCAAUGGCCCUAUGGUAUAUCAUCUCCAACGGGAGAUUGCGUCUAUUGCUCAGGGAGACAUGUCCCUGACAGCGUACAUGACAAAAUUUAAGAAACUGUGGAGCGAGUUGCUGUGUUUGUCCCCCACACCGAGUUGCACAUGUGGGGAGUGUUCUUGUGGAGUUAACAGAGCCAUUACAGCAAAGGAUGAAGCCACCUAA